AUGUUUCAAGAGCAACAACAAAAAUCAAAAGAGAAUAAUGAUGAUGGAUCAAAUAGAAUGGCGAGAUGUCUGCAGAAGGUUUUCAGGAAUUUAAAGACAUUGAAAAAGGAUGAUGGUCGAAUGGGCGGUAAAAAGACAGAGAAGAGAGAUCUCGAGGAACUGUUCGAACGAUAUGGAAAAGUAUUAAGCGUCGAUGUUAAACCAAUGGGUUAUGCAUUCGUUGAAUUUGAGGUUAAAAUGACGUUUGAAAUUAUCGAUCCCCGAGACGCCGAUGAUGCUGUCAAGCAACUAAACGGUUAUGAGCUGGACGGAGCUCGAAUUGCAGUGGAAUGGUCGCGGAGGUCAGGAGGUCCGGGUAGUGGUUGUUUUUUAUGUAGCGGACAGGGACACUGGGCAAGAGAAUGUCCCGAAGCUAGGGAAAAGGGUAUGGACGUACGAAGUGGACGAUGUUUUAGAUGUGAAAUGAUGAUGAGAAUGGUCGAGGUAGAGGGCAUUCCUCCCGAUACAAUCGAGAAAGGUCUCCUUAUGGCGAUCGAAAGCGUCACAGUGAUGAUUAUGGCCGCCAUCGUCGUUAUUCAAGGUCUCCUGCAUCCUACAAAAGAUCGCAUUCACGCUCAAGAAACCGAUCACGAAGUUCAUACCGAUCGCGAAGUCCAUAUCGAUCACGAAGUCCUAGUCCAUAUAACAACAAACAUGAUGGAAAUUAUGAAAGAAGUCCAAGUCCAUAUGG